AUGCUUUUAGCCUAUUCUGUCAAGCAGCAACAGACCGAUUUCGGGGGUCGAGAAGCUGCGCGAGCAGUUCAGCACGUUGCACUCGAGGGGCUUGGCGCUGCUGCACCACGUGGGCGAGGCGACACUGUGGGUGUUGAACAAUCUCGACGCGCUGCCGCGCUCAGUGUGUAUCUGAUCGGUGACGCAUCGCACGCCACGCUGCCGCACCAGGGCCAAGGUUCUUCGUUGGCGUUCGAAGAUGCCGAGGCACUCGCAGCGAUGCUGGCCGAGCUCGAGGACGGGUCGGCUGCAGCGGUGGAGGGGCAGACCUCUGCACGCCACGAGUGUUCUACGCACGCAAGCAGAGUCAUGGCCCGCGCGGCCAACUACGCAAAAGGCGAAAAGUGCGACGCUCUGCGCUUCAGCCAGCUCAUGCUCAAGUACAAAGGCAUCAACGACCUCCGCCAGCCUGGAUGA